AUGCUGUCGCGCAAACCAACAAGUAUUCUCUUUGUCGUCCUACUCCUCGUCAUCGCCGCCUCCGUUCUAGACCUCCAACUAGGAACCGAUUCUCUCGACUCAGCCGCUCUAUACCACCGGCGCCCCAAGCAUGAAUAUGAACCCGACUACUGGACAUGGGAAACAACCACGCGCUUCAAACAGCCCGAUACACGCUCCAAAUUCACCAUCAGCGACGACGCCAUCUGCGACUCCUUCCCUACCCACCUCCUCUCGCGCGUCCAGGUUGUCUUGAAAAUCGGCUCCUCCGAAGCCAAAGACCGCCUCGAGACACAGCUAGCCACCGUGACCCGCUGCAUCUCUAACCUUCUCAUCGUUUCGGACCGCGAGUCCGAGCUGAAUGGUCACCACGUAUACGACAUUCUCGGAACCCUACCAGCGUCGUUCCGCAACAACACCCCAGAUUUCGACGCCUACGAUGCCAUCCAGCAAGGAAAGACGGUCGACUCGGCGGAAGGGUGGCGACUCGAUCGCUUCAAAUUCCUACCCAUGGUGGAGAGCGCAUACGGAAUGAACCCGACGGCCCAGUGGUUUGUUUUCCUCGAAUCAGACACCUACUAUGUCUGGGAUAACCUGUUCCGUCUCUUGGAUCAAUUCAACCCAUCGGUACCGCUAUAUUUCGGAUCUCCAACGCCAGGACGAUGGGCAGGGGACCAGAGAACCUUUUUCGCAUACGGAGGAGCGGGAUUCGUGCUCUCCGCUGGGGCGGUGGAGCGAUUAGUCUCGCGGGGGACUGGCUCGCGAGGAGAAUAUAUCGAGCCGUCGUUGAGUGUGCGAUACGAGGAGGUGGUCAAGGGCGACUGUUGCGGGGACUCGGUACUCGGAUGGGCGCUGUACGACCACGGCGUGAAACUAUCCGGGAUGUGGCCGAUGUUUAACCCUCAUCCGCUACAUGGGAUCCCGUUCGAAAAUGCCUACUGGUGCCAGCCAGUAAUCAGCAUGCAUAAAACGUUUCUGCACGACAUGGAAGAUUUGGUCAAAUGGGAGAACCGACGGGAUCGAUUGACACCCCUCCUCUACACCGACCUCUUCGCGCAUCUCAAACUCGGCGUCCUCGAACAAAAAUCCGAAUGGGACAACGGCGACUGGGGCGGCUUCCAAGAACCUCCCGAAUCUUCCGCGCAUCGGUCAUUCGACGACUGUCGAGAAGCAUGCCACGAACACGCCGAAUGUCUCUCCUACACCUAUGAUUUCGCGGGACAUUGCGUAUUCGUCCGAACGAUGCGCCUUGGCUCCAGGAAGCCUCAUACCCCGGAAGUAAAACUAUCAGCUGGCUGGGACGUGCAGAAGAUCAAGAAUUGGCGGGCCAACCAUCAAUGCGAGAAACCGCUGUGGAUGAAACCGAGCACCACGCGGAUAUUCUAG